GGGUAGGAGCACCUGCCGCCAUUACCAUGAAGCUCACUGGUGCUCUUGUGUUGCUUGGGGCUGCCCUGCUCCUGACUUCAGGAGGAAAUUGUGGCAUUUGCCCUGUUAUAAAUGAGAAGAUUGGUCUUUUCCUUGGCCCAUCUGUGACUGACUAUGUGAAUUUCGUGAGCCAGUACAAGAAUAACUCUGCCACUUUGGAAAAAGCUAAAAAUCUGAAGAUAUGUGUUGAUAACAAGAUGACAGCGGAAGACAAGGCGAAUUUGCAGAGUUUGGUGGAUAAAAUAGAAGCUAACAAAUUCUGUUGAUGAUUUCAUCUUUGCCAGAGACUCAAAGAAGCCACUUGCCUGCUCCCCUGCAUAGAUGCGGCAAGCCCUACCCCUACCCUCCAGGUGUCUAC